UCUACAUCUCUUGCAACUACACUCAAUUAAUCAAUCAGGUAGUCAGUUACACACAAACACGACCAUAUGUUCCAGCCUUACACCGUCGGUUUGUAUUCAUUGGAUGGCAGCUCGAUUUCAUCGCUGUUCUACAGAACCCCUACGCUACCCUCUUUCCCCUGACAUGGCAGUUGUGGUCAAAGCACAGCAAGCACUUUUGCUGUCGAUCGCUCACUCGCUCACUCCCAGCCAUCGAUUAUUUGUUUCUUUUCUUUAUAUCAUUGACUCUCGCCCUCUGGUGCUGACGAUUGAUUGAUGAGUGAAUGAUAUGCACAGUACAGUAUUUUAGGCAAAAAGCUCUUCUUCUCCUUGUUUUUUGUUUGUCAGUCUGCCAGUCAGGCCUCCCAAUCUACUCCUACUCCUACGCUGACUCUACCACUACCACUCCUACUGCUACUGCGACUACACUGCCACACAUAGUACAGUUCUUUUCUUGUCUUGUCUUGCUUAUUAGCACGCCGUGCCGCACGCCGCAUCGCUUGCUUAUUAUCACUAUCUUUUUUGUUUCUUUGUUUCUUUAAUAGAAACAAACGAACAGACGGAGCGGGCUCAGUCUGAUCUCAUCUGACAAACAAGACAACAAUCAGCUUUUGGUCUCUUUGAAUCCUUUGAUUCACUUUUGCUUUAUUUUACUCUUUGUGUGGUUUGGUCUGGUGGUGAAUGAACCGGUUCAUUGGUGGCCUGUCACCUUUUGACACACAACAACUACUGUACAUCUGGACAAGACAUCAAUCACUGCCGUUGCAAUCACUUGUACAGCAUCCGCCUCAGCAUCACCCUCACUUUUAUUCUACUUCCGACUUCACUUGACUCUACUUGAAUACUAUUCUGGUCAAAAUCAACUGUCACUCACUCACGACUGUCACAUCGACUGACUCACUUACCUAUUCACCUACCUCUUUCCAACGGAAGAAAUUUCCAAAGAUACCUACUCUCAGCUACAUAAGGUACCUACAUACCUAGCAAGCCACCUGAAUCUACAACUCCUACUCCUACUCUUGCUCCUUCUUCCUUCUCAAAUCGAAUCGAAAACGACAACGCGCUGGUCUCAUCCGACUCAACAGUCCAUCCUACUACAACCACUCUCAAACCACUCUCAAACCAAACCCAUCCGGAAAUCAACCAAAGUCACCAUGUUCUCCCUCUCCCUCCUCGCCAUCCUGGCCGCAACAACAUCCGCCCUGUCCAUCCCAUUCACCAAAAACCACGGUCCAUCCCUCACCCCUCGGUCCGGUUCCACCGCUCCCAACCCCGUCUCCCAACUCCUCACCAUCGCCCCAACUUCAAACACCUGCCUCAACGCCUCCUUCCCCAGCGAAUGCGUCGUCUCCUCCAUGUCCAUCGUGCAAGCCAUGGUCGACUCGUUCGCAGCUUACAACAUCACCACCGCCGCCGAACAAGCCGCUCUAUUGUCUUGGAUGGCAUUCGAAUCCGGCGACUUCAAAUUCAACCGCAACCAUUUCCCCGCCCCUGGGCGUCCCGGCCAAGGAACGCGUGUGAUGCUCAUGCCGAAUUUUGUGUCUGAAUACGCUGCGAGUAUUCCAGAGCUCAAAACGGGGUUAACAGCAGCUGGGUCUGAUGUUGACAAGAUAUUGAGUCUCGUGUUGGCGGAUAAAUAUUCUUUCGCGUCGGCGGCUUGGUAUUAUGGGACGCAUUGUAGUGCUGAACAGAAAGAACAGGUGAAGAAUGGGGGGAAAAGUGGUUGGGAAACGGCGUUUGUGACGGGGUGUGUGGGGACGACGGUUACGGAUGAUAGGACGGAGUAUUGGGUGAGAGCGAGGAGUGCGUUGGGUGUGACUGUUGACUGAAUCAGGUACCUAGGUCCUUGAUUGUGAGACCGGCAAAUGGAAUCAGACUGACGAGUUCGUUUGGACGUGCAUGGAACUCGACUGAGAAAGGGCGAGCGAGCAUGAGCUGCUUCUGCUAGGUGGACAAGGACAGGCUGAGGCAGAUUUGCUUGAAGGGCCUGGGCCGGCUGGCUGCCUGUGUCGAGCAAAAAAAUGCAUUACUGUGUACUGGCCGAACUGAAUCUUUGACUUACCGACUGACUGGCUAGCUGGCUGGUUCAGAGCAGAGGAUGACUGGUAGGUACCUACUGGCUACCUAGAUAUCCUGACCUUACCGACAAGGCAGGUAAGGUCGAUGAAUCUACUUGGGUGUCUACCAUAGGGGACUAGGUGUCCAUGAUUGAGGUUGUCCUACAUGCUGCUGCUGUCACAUAGUAUUGCAUCGCAUGUUAUAUCCUCAUACGCCCGUACUGCAGCACCACUACGACAAACAGUACUACUAUCCAG